GCGAGUGACUUCUCUCUCGGAUAACUGCGCGGACAAAUAAUCCUUUCUUCUCUUCGAUUAAAGUGUAUCAAAAUGGAAAAGAUUUUACUGUUUCUGCUAUUGACAAGUGUCGCGUUGUCGCACUCGCUGCAAGGCUUCAAAAUUCGCUUUACGGCAAGAAGUGCCAAAAGUGAUUUAUUUAUUUCGCUUCGCGCUAACAAAACAAUGACCUUUAUCGAUGAAUGUAACAAAAAAAUAAGAAAACCCUACGGAAUACUCGAGCAAUCGUACAAGCGCGGCACGACAAAACUCGGCGAAAAAUGUACGUGGAAACUUCACGCGCAACCAAAUCACGUUGUAAACGUUAUUUCGGUUCUGUUUGCCAUGGAGGAUGAAAUAAAUCCGAGCAACACCACCGAUGACUACAGGACAACCAGUAUUUCCCUUUAUGACGGCACCCAGGCCAAGGAAAAUAAAUUGUUAACGCGAUACUACGUUUCUUUGCAAGAAAAAGUUGGACAUUUUGUUAAGAGCAUGUCUUCUGGACGUGACAUGGUGGUGGAAAUUAAGUAUCACGACAAUAAAGAUUUCGAGAUGCAAAAGAUAAUAGUUAAUUACGAAUUUCUCGAUCUCAAUGAAAUUAAGCGUAUUACCGGAAUAGAAUAAGCUGUUAUUUGUUCAACUCUUUAUGCAUAUAGAUCAAAGAGA